GAGACUGGACUCCAGCUCAACCCACGUGACAAUUUCGCGGGCAAAAGGCGAGAAAUCGAACAUGGAACAUCGAUCAACUUAAAUACAGACAAUCUUUCAAUAAGAUAUUUACAAUUCUACAACGGUCGAUCUCCAGAAAAAUGGCUUCAGUUGUGUCGUGUACCCCUCCUGUUAGUCCACACAGCCCUGCUAAGAAGAAAGCAAAGUUUUCUCUGCGUUUGAAAGGGAAGAACAAACCGAAAUCAAGCGAUGACAGCCCUAAGAAGUUGCACCCAAUAUUUUCUCCCGUGUCUGAAUCACCGGACAAAUCUACGCUUCCGCAGCCCCCUGCAUUUGUUGGGCUUAAAAACAGAAGCAAUUUAUGCUAUGCUAAUGCUGUGAUACAAGUGUUACGAAACUGCCCAGGUUUUGUGGAUUUUGUCGGCGAUCUUGAUAAGCAAAUGACCACAGAGGGUGAUGAGUGCCAUUCAAAAGAGGAAAGCAAAACUGCAGUUAUGGUGGAGCAGCUUAGCAAGCUUUUGCACCAAUUAAAAGAGAUAAAAGAUGACUUCAUUGAGAACAAGGAAAACUGUCUGCAUCUUUUUCAACGUGCAGGACGCUUGGUGCUUGCCGCAGACCCAGCUGACUUUAUGGAAUCAUUCAGGCAAAUUUACUCCAUUUUUGAAAACCACCUCCAGCAUGACUCUCAGGAGUUUCUUCGAACCUUGAUAAUUGCUCUGCAUGAGGCAUCAAAACUCAUAAACAACAACAAUAAUGAAGUCCAAAAUCAAAAUGCAAGCUUGCAACAAAAGCCAAAAUCUAAAGCAAGAAAACAACUGAUUCUCAACAAAGAUGGUAAAUUCAGCACCAAAGAAGUCGAGGAAGUAAACAUUGUUGAAGAAAUGUUUCAGGGUAGACUUGUUCAUGAAACAAAGUGUCUAACAUGUGAAAACGCCAAGCAGAGGUUUGAAGAUUUUCAAGAUGUCAGUGUCCCUGUUCAUGAAGACCAACAAGCCAUUGAUGCUAAGAGAAAACUUAUGUUAUCCCCAACACCCAAGAAAGACGAAACUGUUAAGAAACAUACUUUAGAAUGGGCUAUAUCACAGUUUGCUACUGUGGAGGUUUUAAAGGAUAAUAACAAGUACUUCUGUGAGAACUGCUGCACCUACACUGAGGCAAGACUUAGUACAUUCUUUGAUCUGCUACCACAGGUGCUGACUCUACAUCUGAAGCGAUUCACGUCGGUCUACUCGGGGCUAUCUCCUGGCUUUGUGUCAAAAAUCACCAGCAAUCUUGAGACGCCAUUGAUGCUCUCCGUUUAUGAUUGGUCCUCCGAGGCUUGCCGGAAGAAAUGCACCAAUUAUGAGCUGUUUGGUAUUGUGAUGCAUUCUGGGAUGACUUCAUGUAGUGGUCACUACCAAGCGUAUGUCAAAGUGAGGUCAAAUUUGACAAAAUUAGUCGCUAACAACAGAGGGGUAGAAUGUCAUAACCAGGAAACUGUCCAGAGAAAAGGCUUAACGAAUGAGGAAAGCCUAGAUUGCUCUAAGAAGCUACAAGAUAACACUGCGGUGAAUGAUGAGAGCGAAUGCUUUUCGAAACAUCAAGUUCAGUCCAGUGGAUACGAUUGUCGCAAUGAGCAAUGCAGUGAGAAUACAAAAGCAGCUGAAAGCUACCAGGUUAAACAAGAGCUUUUAAACCAAGAAAAGGACAAAGAAAUUAGUAGGGAUGGUUUAACACAAUCAAAUGAAUGUGAGGGUAAAGAUAGCCAGUGUGAUAAGAAGAAAAUAAAAGGGGUAAGGAAAUCUCUAAGGCGAUUAUCCAAAAGCAGAAAGAUAUCUGAGUCGACACCAGCAAGUCUAGAAGCAGACGACAAUGAAGUUGUUAGCAGUAAUGCUUGUAAAAGAGCUAGGUUAGAGCAGGUCACCCAACCCACGGCCACUGAGAAUACAAAUAACGCAGAACAAACAACCUGUUCUUUUGGAUUGACAAGUAUAACCAAAUUCUUUCACAAGUCAAGAAAGAAGUCGAUAUCCACGACAAAAGAUAACGAAUCUUCCAUCAACAUCGUGAGUAAUUCCGAAGAAAAUGACGUUACUCAACGUUCUACAGAUUCAUCUAUCGGCAGCGCGCCGCACCUUACCGGUACACAAUGCAAAGGAGGUGCUAGUUCGACCUGUAACAACAGUCCACUGUCACGCUCUAUGUCACACAACCCCCAAUGCACUAAGAAGCUACAGCGAUCACCGGCAAUUCGACAACUGACUUUUCAAGUCGGGGAAAAGGGGGUAACUUUGAGUCGAGAAUCCCCUAAAAAUAAAUCUGCAAUGGCAGAGGAACGCGACAUUGUAAAGUCUAAAGACGAGGGUGUUGUCCCGAAUCAGGAUAGACGCAAUGAGGUCCAAGAGGAGGGCCCUAAAGGGUCCUUAUUGGAGAAGGGCCUUAAAGGCCCCUCGUCGGCGACUGGCCCAAAUGGAUCCACAUCGGGGAAGGGCCCUUAUGGGUCCUCACUAGAGAAAGGCCGUGAAAGGUCGUUAUCAGAGUGGGUACACUUUGAUGACUCGGAUGUGUACCUUGUUGACGAUGCCGAUGUUGCAUCGCUUCUAUCGUCUGCGGAGUCCUCGUUUACGUCACCUUACCUUCUGUUUUAUAGAAGAUGUGACAUCUAGUUGUGCCUUUGUACAGAGUGAGUCGUAGUGGAGUCCUCGUUUACGUAACCUUACUUGCUGUUUUAUAGAAGAUGUGACAUCUAGUUGUGCUUUUGUACAGAGUGAGUCGUAGUGGAGUCCUCGUUUACGUACCUUACUUGCUGUUUUAUAGAAGAUGUGACAUCUAGUUGUGCCUUUGUACAGAGUGAGUCGUUAGCGGAGUCCUCGUUUACGUCACCUAACUUGCUGUUUUAUAGAAGAGGUGACAUCUAGUCGUGACUCUGUACAGAGUGAGUCGUAGUGCAGCAUAUAGAAGCUUAUUUAUUCAAUAUUUGAUUGAGGUUAAAGUGACUUCUUCAUUUGUUGUGCGUCUAGUUUAUGCACGGUGUUUUAACUUUGAGUUUCCUAAGGGCCACACUUUUAAAAGGCUCAUAUUAAAGCCCAUUGCAAACGACUGAAAGAUUGCCGGCAAAAAUAGACAGAUCUACUGGGUUGCUGGUUUUUAUGAACCUGAUAUUUCUGGAAAACUGCGAGUGCCUAGAACUAGUGACUAAGAAAAAUAGAACUAUUAUAUCCGUUUAUAACAGUCAGAGAAUCCAUUAAGUCUCGAGUGAGGCACAUAUAAUAAAUGAACGAAUUUAUACAAGAAAACGACCUUGUUUAUCCAACCUACUUGGACCAUUUUCCUUUUGUCAACCUUAUUCGAAAUGGGUAUACACAAAACUUUUCAUUGUCUUGUAGCAUACACUGGGGUAGCCAUGUUAGUUGCCUGUGUGUAGACGAACUCACAAAUAUAGACUUUAAAGGACUUUAUCCGUGAGGCCAAGUCGUUUUUCACGCAGGCUACCAUGUUAGCAGUGCUGUUAGCGCCGUUUGCACAGGGAUUUCUUAUCUUUUUAUAUAUCAAGCCGCAGGCAAAAGGAACCAUAGAAAUGAAUUAUUCAUUUCGGAUUUCGUGUGACAGCUCGUUCUCUAUCAAGGCAUAGCUUCUUUAACAGACAAAUAAGAAAUUUUUACUGCGAUAUGUAAUCUUACUGAGAUGGUUUGGUGAAAACUGCAACAGGACAUUUCUAUGUUUUGGCCAUCCCAAACGAACUAUAUUGGAUAGUUAUCAAAAUUCUCAGAAUUCACUGUAAAUAGUUUUAUAAUUAAAUGCAUGCAUUUUGUCAAUAUAUACUAUAAUAAAGAGCAGAUACGAGAUAAUGCAAAUUUUAGAA